AUGUACUUCGCUAUUGAGACCCUGGAAAACGGUACGCCACAGGGUGGAGUGCUGAGCCCCGUUCUCUUUAACCUGCUGGUCGAGAAACUGGCGGCCCUCCCGACCAGCAGAUAUUGCAAAGUGCUUUGCUAUGCUGAUGACGUGGCCAUGGUGGCUACGGGACCACAUCCUGUGGCCAGCGCUCGCCUUCUCCUCCGCCGCCUAGCAGAGGCUUGUGCUUCCCUCGGCCUCGUCGUCAACAGGGAAAAGACCAAGGCAAUGCUGUUCCGGCAGAGACGUUCCCCCGAACCUCUCCUGCUUGGCGGCGAGCCGUUACCGUGGGUGUCCUCAUAUAAGUACCUGGGUAUGACCAUCGACUCACGGCUGUCGUUUGUGCCUUACAUCGCCUCUCUCAGUGCGAGGGUGAAGAGCCGCACCAACAUCAUGCGCGCCCUGGCACGGACGGAGGGCGGUGCGAGCGGCAGGGUGCUAAGGCGCUUUUAUGUCCAGGCGGUGCGGUCCUGUGUGGACUAUGGGUCGCCAUGCCUCCUCACAGUUAGCACCGCUGCACUCGAACCGCUUGAGGUGGCCCAGAACGCGGCCCUCCGCCACAUUCUCGGGGCCCCGCGCUGGACAAAAUGCGUGUGCCUCAGAGCGGAGGCCCUCCUACAAGACCCGCACCUCUUCCGACGGAGGUUGUGGGCGGCGGUAGCAGCCGCUAAGCUCAGGCCACAUGCCCUGGCGCGUGCCUCCAUCGCGACGCCUGACGCGCCCCACCCGACAUAUGUGGCUCCCCCGCCUUGGGCUCUCCGGCCCUUCACCGCCACCAUCAGGCCCCUGCCAUCAAAAAAGGCCUGUUUGUCUGUGGAGCGGCUGGAACGGGAGGCCGCGGCACGGGUGGAGGUUGCCUCGCACCUUCGGGCUGCUCAUUACUACACCGACGGCUCUGUCGCCCAACACUCCGGGGCCGUCGGUGCAGCGUUUGUCACGGCGGGGCACACAGAACUCAUUCGGGUGUCUGAUGGCUCCUCAUCGACACAGGCGGAGCUUGUUGCCAUCAGCUGGGCCCUGAAACACGCUGAGGAGGAGGGCGUGGGGGCUGUCGUCCUCCACUGCGACUCGGUGCCGGCCAUCCAGUCCCUCCUUGCCGAACCCGCUACCGACAACAUCUCCCUCCUUACCGGCAUCCACGCCCGGAUGCAAGGACUGCAGAGGGAGGGGCGGGUCAUUCACUUCAACUGGGUGCCCAGCCAUGCCGGAGUUCCAGUACCAGUCGACUGCUCGCAUUGUGGGGAGGAGGUUCUCCAACCACUCCUCCACUACCUCCUCGAGUGUGAAUGCACUCAGCAAUUCCUUCCCAACCCGGAGGGGUUGCCUGCCCCUAGCCUUAUCGGGUACCUGAGUGACGACCAGCUGCUGCGCCUCGUUGAGGAGUGUGCCCCGCCCCGAUAA